ACAAGCCCAGCACUUUAGUCGAUCGGACGACAUCGAAGAUGAUGAAUCUAACCACCAGCUUUUUGGACGAAACGUUCGUGUAUUUAUACCAGGAGAUGAACCACUACGUACCGGAAUUUGUCAGCUCGAUCGGGUACAUCCCAUGGGUGUACUCGUUGCUCGGUUCUGCCCUGAUCGGAUUGAGCGGCAUACUGCCCAUGUUCAUCAUACCGGACGCAACCAAAGACGGCAAGGAGUCGGAGCUGAGCGAUCCGGCCGAAUCGAAAACGUUGAAAAUACUGUUAAGCUUUGCCGUGGGUGGUCUGCUAGGCGACGUGUUCCUACAUCUGCUGCCCGAAACAUGGGAACAUGAGCUGGCGGCAGGCCCAACGGCCGAUGGCCACCCGUCGCUCCGUAGCGGCCUCUGGGUGCUGAGUGGUCUCUUGCUGUUCACCAUGGUAGAGAAAGUGUUCUCCGGCUACGCUAACGUGGAUGAGCAAAAUCCGCAGCCCAAGUGCGUCGAAAUCGCUACUUGUCUGCUGCGGCGUAGCGGCGGAAAGCUACCGGAAGGCUUUGUCGGUCUUUGCGGAGGAGACGGAAAGGGUUCGUGCGACAUCGAAGAUGUCCCGAACGGAUGCUUCCUAGCUGGAAACAGUGCGGGCGAGAAGACGCGCGAUGACAGUGGCCACAAGAAAGUGGCUGGAUAUUUGAACCUGCUCGCUAACUCGAUCGAUAACUUCACCCAUGGGCUAGCCGUGGCCGGUUCUUUCCUCGUCUCGCUACAGCACGGUCUACUGGCCACGUUCGCCAUUCUGCUGCAUGAAAUUCCUCACGAAGUCGGUGACUUUGCCAUCCUCCUGCGAUCCGGGUUUAGUCGCUGGGACGCCGCCAAGGCCCAGCUGCUUACUGCCGGUGCAGGUUUGCUCGGUGCGCUGGUCGCUAUCGGUGGUAGCGGUGCGACGACCGCACUGGAAGCGAAAACAUCCUGGAUUGCUCCGUUCACCGCCGGUGGCUUCUUGCACAUUGCGCUCGUUACCGUGCUGCCGGAUCUGCUGGAUGAAUCGAGCCCCUGGGAAUCGUUCAAACAGUUUGCUGCCCUGUUACUUGGAAUCGCCCUGAUGGCAUUCAUGACCGUAUAUCUGGAACACUAGAGCUAUCGGUGUGGGUUGAUUAGUGGAAUGUUCCAAAUCCGAUGGAAGCCUUUAUCGAGCUGAAACGACACUCAACGGUUUAUAUUGUAUAGCUAUAGUUAAAUUAUCAUGUAAAAACACGAACACAAAAUUACUAGAUUAAGCGAAGACUAGCUGGGUCUUGAAGUCUGAACAGUGCUGUGUGUUUUGCGUAUUACAGUUUUUGUCAUCACUUGUUGUGUUAUUUCCUCGAGCCAUCGUUUACAAACGAUGCCGGAUCAAUGUAAAUACGAAAGAUGCAUUCAUCUUGAAAAUUUCUUCAAAUUAACCUCAUUAGGUAACAUGUUAAGUUAGGUAAACAAAAAACGUAUUCGAAAUACAUGUCCAACGAUACCGCUAUGAUAACGUAACCUUGCUAAGACAGUGAUAGCCAGGACGACUUUUGGAUCAUCUUUGCACAGUUUAAAUUAAGUCGAAACAUAUGCCACACUGCUGCGUAAAAAGGCUAGGGCAAAGUGUGAUAGAAUCACGUAGAAAUUAGACGAUGCCAUAUUAAGAUGAGCUUUCCAUUCGAAGAAAACUUUUCGUAUUAUUUUUGUAAUCGUUACUCAUUAUUGAGCAAAGCAAAAUAACAUCUCCUCCUUGAAAAUCAACCCCAAUGUAGACACUAUAUUGUAAAACUAGUCGUAUUUGUUUUAAACCCCCUGCCUCAUUUAAUUCUCGUGGAGUUUUACAUUCUUCGCGGAUUUUUCUUCAUCGGGUAGGGUUGGUUGUGAUAAUUCCUAAACUAUGAUUUUUUUUUGUCUCAUUACGAGAGACUGUUGAAAGCAUUAAAAAUGUCAAAAUAUAUGCAUCCCAGUAUGAUGUCAAAAAUAAUUCAUAUUACUUGUUUGAGUAUCGCAAAUGUGUACACAUUUUCACACAAAAACGAAACACAGUUUUGAUUCCAAUCCUUGAAACUAAAAGGAAUAUUGAUGAUCAUAAGAAGUUAUAAACCAUAUAUCCACCAAAAAGGUAUCCACGCCCCCGGGUGGGCUCGAACCACCAACCUUUCGGUUAACAGCCGAA